UAUGUUCGGUUUCCCGUCAGCGUUUUCCCGUGGGUUCAUGGCGCUUCUCCACAUAUCAUGUUCGAGUAUACCGUCUAAGAUGGUCCGAAGGAUGAGUUGUUUGAUCCAGUGAUGUGCGGGUAAACCCGAAUACUGCAAAUGUCCAUUAGAUGCAAGAAAGCAUAAGCAAUCCAGUUUGAAUCAGAUCAGACCAAAGAAGCCUCAACAGCCGACCCGACCUGCUGCACAAAUGAAGCAACGACGCUUAUGAUUUCUUGUUUCAAUCAUUCGGGUCAAUCACGAACUCGUUGAUUGCGACUCCAACCUAGCGCACCUGCUGCACCCACGGGGCCGAAUCGUUUCAGAUUGGCACGCACUCGUCUCCAGGAAUUUAUUAUUUUUUUGGUAAUUUAAUUUUGUCCACCAACACAAUCGCACACCAGCGUGAGUUUUUUGGUGGCCAUCUUGAAACCUCAAAAACCCUCACAACGACUUUCAAAAAUGCUCGCCAGCGAGGGAAAAUUGCACCGAUUCGGAGCAUUGGCGCUUGGAGCUUGUGAAAACUGGUUUUUGCCCUGCGGGUUCAUGUUAAUAAAUUUUUUUUUUGGUUUAUCCAAGAAAUUAUGUUCAGCUGUUUUGGAUGGCGAUAACCACGCUUGAUUAUGAAAAAAUGAGAUCAGUUAUGGACGCAACCCAAUUUUAAUUUUAAGACCAAAAUGUUUUGCAAGAACGUAAAUCAUUCAAGAAAAUGUAAAUCAGAAUCUGGCCAAGAGUAACUACCACUGUGUGUCAUCAUCUGGCUGUCAAAAUACCGUGUGUUGGAUAAUCAAAAUAAAACGAAAAGUGUGCAGUCCUCUGCUUCGGUGUCCGGCAAAAUGCUUCUGCUUAAGAAUCUACCUAUGUCUAUGCGAUAUUUACACAAAGCAGUACAAUCUGCUCGGGGCUCAGCCGUGCUAAACGGCGAAACGAAGAAGUGCGUGCGGAAUCCGAACAAAUCUAGCUUGCUCACUCAUCUGCCCGAUUACACUUAUAUGGAUGGACGUGUUACACCUUUCGGAGCCAAUCAAAGGAAGCGGAUUAUUCAGCAGCGCGAAAUUGCUAAGCAAAUAGUGACACUUUCCAAAGAAAUGGAUUUUGCCGUAGAACGACAUCAAAGAAAUAUGGCCGAGGCCGAAGAAACCAAACAAAAGCUGCUAGCCGCAAAGCUGAAGCCCAAAGGUCAUUUAUUGUUGCAGAAAAAAUAAAGUUUGAUUUAGCUAUAUGAAUAAACAAUCCCAUUGCUAGCCGUUAGCUUGAAUGUUGA